GAAGAAGAAGAAGCAGAGGGUGAAGAAGAAGAAGAAGCAGAGGGUGAAGAAGAAGAAGAAGCAGAGGAUGAAGAAGAAGAAGCAGAGGAUGAAGAAGAUGAAGAAGAAGAAGCAGAUGAAGAAGAAGAAGCAGAGGGUGAAGAAGAAGCAGAGGGUGAAGAAGAUGAAGAAGAAGAAGCAGAGGGUGAAGAAGCAGAAGAAGCAGAGGGUGAAGAAGCAGAAGAAGCAGAGGGUGAAGAAGCAGAAGAAGCAGAGGGUGAAGAAGAAGAAGCAGCAGAGGGUGAAGAAGAAGAAGGUGAAGAAGAAGAAGAAGAAGCAGAGGGUGAAGAAGAAGAAGAAGAAGCAGAGGGUGAAGAAGAAGAAGCAGAGGGUGAAGAAGAAGAAGCAGAGGAAGAAGAAGCAGAGGAUGAAGAAGAUGAAGAAGAAGAAGAAGCAGAGGAUGAAGAAGAAGAAGCAGAGGAUGAAGAAGAUGAAGAAGAAGAAGCAGAGGGUGAAGAAGAAGAAGAAGAAGCAGAGGAUGAAGAAGAAGAAGAAGAAGAAGAAGCAGAAGCAGAGGAUGAAGAAGAAGAAGCAGCAGAGGAUGAAGAAGAAGAAGAAGCAGAGGAUGAAGAAGAAGAAGAAGCAGAGGAUGAAGAAGAAGAAGAAGCAGAGGAUGAAGAAGAAGAAGAAGCAGAGGAUGAAGAAGAAGAAGAAGCAGAGGAUGAAGAAGAAGAAGAAGCAGAGGGUGAAGAAGAAGAAGAAGCAGAGGGUGAAGAAGAAGAAGAAGCAGAGGGUGAAGAAGAAGAAGAAGCAGAGGAUGAAGAAGAAGAAGAAGCAGAGGAUGAAGAAGAAGAAGAAGCAGAGGAUGAAGAAGAAGAAGAAGCAGAGGAUGAAGAAGAAGAAGAAGCAGAGGGUGAAGAAGAAGAAGAAGCAGAGGGUGAAGAAGAAGAAGAAGCAGAGGGUGAAGAAGAAGAAGAAGCAGAGGCAGAGGGUGAAGAAGAAGAAGAAGCAGAGGGUGAAGAAGAAGCAGAGGAUGAAGAAGCAGAAGAAGAAGAAGAAGAAGAAGAAGCAGAAGAAGAAGCAGAGGAAGAAGAAGAAGCAGAAGAA